ACGUGAUCCCUUUCAAAGAUGGCCGCCCUGUUGUUUUGAUGAAUAAUACUUGGUGGGGCGAGGGGGAAAGAGUAGGGGUGGAGGGGUAGGAGGAUUUACUCUUCCAGCGAGAGCUACGCGCGUCCCAUCCUCCCCCUCCCCCCUACCCGGACUCCGGCGUGGAGGCGGGGCGUGGCCGGCCUGCUUUGGGAGGGGAGGGGCUUCCCUUCCAGUGCUGGGCUCUGCCAGGACGGCUGUGGGGUCGCCUUACCUCGGGGUAUCCACUCUGCAGUCGACUAGUUCCCGCCUGGGGCAAAGGGUAGGAAGGAGAGCAGGAUCUGCUGUAGGAAACGCAGCUACCGCGCCACCAUCACGAAGACACAGCAGACUCGGGGCACGAGACGAGCUGGAGACCGUGCUGCCUAGUCUGGGUAACCGGGGAAGCAGAGGGUAGUAAGUGGCGCCUUAAGAUAACCCUGUAGCAGCAGCAGUGGCGGCCAAAGGAGGCUGCUCAGGGAACGAGCGGCUGUAGCAGUCUCUGGGGCGAUUGGAGUGACUGAAGCCAAGGCAGUUCAGUGCCUCUCGUGUUCUUAUUUUUUAACCUCUGACUAUGCAAUUCUGAAACCUCCCCCAUUCGGGGGACCAGACAUCCUGAUAGACACCUUCCACUCUCCUUCCUCCCGCCGUGGUCUCGAGAACAGAAGGAUCUCUCCCUAACGCCUUUCACCAUUAAGAGGAAAGCGAUGGAGGAGCUGAGCGCUGAUGAGAUUCGACGGAGGCGCCUUGCACGACUUGCUGGUGGACAGACCUCUCAGCCGACCACCCCACUCACUUCUCCCCAGAGGGAGAACCCCCCGGGGCCUCCCAUAGCGGCAUCAGCCCCAGGACCCUCUCAGAGUCUUGGUCUCAAUGUCCACAACAUGACCCCAGCUACCUCCCCAAUAGGUGCAUCAGGAGUAGCCCAUCGAAGCCAGAGCAGUGAAGGAGUCAGUUCUCUCAGCAGCUCGCCCUCUAAUAGCCUUGAAACACAAUCUCAGUCUCUCUCACGUUCUCAGAGCAUGGAUAUCGAUGGUGUCUCAUGCGAGAAAAGCAUGUCCCAGGUAGAUGUGGAUUCAGGAAUUGAAAACAUGGAGGUUGAUGAAAAUGAUCGAAGAGAAAAACGGAGCCUCACUGAUAAGGAGCCUUCCUCAGGCCCUGAAGUAUCUGAAGAGCAGGCCUUACAGCUGGUCUGUAAGAUCUUUCGUGUCUCUUGGAAGGACCGGGACAGAGAUGUCAUCUUUCUUUCUUCUCUUUCUGCACAGUUUAAGCAGAACCCAAAAGAAGUGUUCUCCGAUUUUAAGGACUUGAUUGGUCAGAUUUUAAUGGAAGUGCUAAUGAUGUCCACUCAGACUAGAGAUGAAAACCCAUUUGCCAGUCUGACAGCCACAUCACAGCCAAUUGCUGCAGCAGCACGGUCACCAGACAGAAAUCUCCUGCUAAACACUGGCUCCAAUCCGGGAACAAGCCCCAUGUUCUGCAGCGUGGGUUCCUUUGGUGCCAGCUCUUUGUCUAGCCUCUAUGAAACUAGUCCGGCUCCCACCCCCAGUUCCUGGAGCUCUGUGCCCGUGAUGGGCCCGUCUUUUGCCUCACCUUCCCGUGCAGCCAGCCAGCUGGCUGUGCCUUCCACUCCCCUCAGUCCUAGUGCAGCCUCUGGAGCUGCUGCAGGAAGCCAGCCCCCAUCCCCGCGGUAUCGCCCCUACACUGUCACUCACCCGUGGGCAUCCUCAGGUGUCUCCAUUCUGUCAACCUCCCCAAGUCCCCCUGCUCUCACCAGUAACCCCCAAGCAGUGCCCACCAGCAGUUCCAGACAGAGGCCCAGCAGCACGGGUCCACCCCUACCACCCGCCUCACCCAGUGCCACGAACAGACACCCCUCCUCCCUGAGGAUCUCUCCUAGUAUGUACGACAAUCCUUUCUCCUUCCUCUUCCUCGCACUUUCUGGGGACAGUAGUGAUGAAGAAGAUGAAGAAGAUGAUGGUGAUGGUGAUGGUGAUGGUGAUGAUGAAGGUGGUGGUGGUGGUGAUGAUUUUUCUUGUGUCCAGUUUGGGUCCAGUUUGGGAGCCUCUGGUGGAGCAAGUAAUUGGGAUUCCUACAGUGACCAUUUCACCAUUGAAACCUGCAAAGAGACAGAUAUGCUGAACUACCUCAUCGAGUGUUUCGACCGAGUUGGAAUAGAGGAAAAAAAAGCACCAAAGAUGUGCAGCCAGCCAGCAGUCAGCCAGCUUCUGAGCAACAUCCGCUCGCAGUGCAUAUCCCAUACUGCUUUAGUACUACAAGGCUCCCUGACACAGCCCAGGUCCUUGCAGCAGCCGUCCUUCCUAGUGCCGUAUAUGCUGUGUAGGAAUCUCCCAUAUGGCUUCAUUCAGGAACUGGUGAGAACCACUCACCAGGAUGAAGAAGUGUUCAAGCAGAUAUUUAUCCCCAUUUUACAAGGCCUGGCUCUUGCUGCCAAAGAGUGCUCCCUCGAUAGUGACUACUUUAAAUACCCCCUCAUGGCACUAGGUGAGCUCUGUGAAACCAAGUUUGGGAAGACACACCCUGUGUGCAAUUUGGUGGCUUCUUUGCCGUUGUGGUUGCCGAAAUCCUUAAGCCCCGGCUGUGGGCGGGAGCUGCAGAGACUCUCUUACUUGGGGGCUUUCUUUAGCUUCUCAGUCUUUGCAGAAGAUGAUGUUAAAGUGGUUGAAAAAUAUUUCUCAGGGCCUGCCAUUACCCUGGAAAACACUCGAGUGGUUAGCCAAUCAUUGCAGCAUUACUUAGAACUCGGAAGGCAAGAGCUUUUUAAGAUUCUGCAUAGUAUUUUGUUAAAUGGUGAAACUCGUGAGGCCGCUCUCAGUUACAUGGCAGCUGUCGUCAAUGCCAAUAUGAAGAAGGCGCAGAUGCAGACAGAUGAUAGAUUAGUGUCUACAGAUGGAUUUAUGCUGAAUUUCCUUUGGGUACUACAGCAGCUAAGUACAAAAAUCAAGUUAGAAACAGUUGAUCCCACGUAUAUUUUUCACCCACGAUGUCGAAUUACUCUUCCAAAUGAUGAGACACGUGUGAAUGCAACAAUGGAAGAUGUGAACGACUGGCUGAAUGAACUCUAUGGCGAUCAGCCUCCAUUUUCUGAGCCGAAAUUCCCUACGGAGUGCUUCUUUCUCACCCUGCAUGCUCACCACCUCUCUAUUCUACCUAGUUGCCGUCGCUAUAUCCGCAGACUCCGGGCUAUCCGGGAGCUCAAUAGAACUGUGGAAGAUUUGAAAAAUAAUGAAAGCCAAUGGAAAGAUUCCCCACUGGCAACUAGACACCGCGAAAUGCUGAAGCGCUGUAAAACUCAGCUUAAGAAACUGGUACGGUGCAAGGCCUGUGCUGAUGCUGGCCUGCUUGACGAGAGCUUCCUGAGAAGAUGUCUGAAUUUUUAUGGCCUUCUCAUUCAGCUGCUGCUCCGAAUCCUGGACCCCGCGUAUCCUGAAUACUCUCCCCAGGCGCUUUAUGAGCCCUGCACUCAGGAUGUCGUGAUGUUCCUUGUCGUGAUGUUGUGCAACCAGAACUACAUCCGAAACCCAUAUUUGGUGGCCAAACUUGUAGAAGUCAUGUUUAUGACCAACCCUGCUGUUCAGCCACGAACCCAGAAGUUUUUUGAAAUGAUUGAGAACCAUCCUCUCUCUACCAAGUUGUUGGUACCUUCCCUGAUGAAGUUUUAUACAGAUGUUGAGCAUACCGGAGCCACCAGCGAGUUUUAUGACAAGUUCACAAUUCGCUAUCACAUUAGCACCAUUUUUAAAAGCCUUUGGCAAAACAUAGCUCACCAUGGCACCUUUAUGGAGGAGUUCAAUUCCGGGAAGCAGUUUGUUCGCUAUAUAAACAUGUUGAUAAACGACACGACAUUUUUGCUCGAUGAAAGUCUGGAGUCUCUGAAGCGAAUCCAUGAGGUGCAGGAAGAGAUGAAGAACAAAGAACAGUGGGACCAGUUGCCCCGGGAUCAGCAGCAGGCCCGUCAGUCUCAGCUUGCUCAGGACGAGCGCGUGUCCCGCUCUUACCUCGCCCUGGCCACCGAAACCGUGGACAUGUUCCACAUCCUCACGAAGCAGGUCCAGAAACCCUUCCUCAGACCGGAACUUGGACCCCGAUUGGCUGCAAUGCUGAACUUUAAUCUUCAGCAACUCUGUGGCCCCAAGUGCCGUGACCUGAAAGUUGAAAACCCUGAGAAAUACGGCUUUGAACCAAAGAAGCUGUUGGACCAACUGACGGAUAUUUACUUGCAGCUGGACUGUGCUCGGUUCGCGAAAGCCAUUGCUGACGACCAGAGAUCCUACAGUAAGGAAUUGUUUGAAGAAGUUAUUUCAAAGAUGCGGAAGGCCGGGAUCAAAUCUACAAUAGCGAUAGAAAAAUUUAAGCUGCUGGCCGAGAAGGUGGAGGAGAUAGUGGCGAAGAACGCACGCGCAGAAAUCGACUACAGCGACGCUCCUGACGAGUUCCGAGACCCUCUGAUGGACACCCUCAUGACUGACCCCGUGCGACUGCCCUCCGGCACCAUCAUGGACCGCGCCAUCAUCCUGCGGCACCUGCUCAACUCCCCCACGGACCCCUUCAACCGGCAGACGCUGACAGAGAGCAUGCUGGAACCAGUGCCAGAACUGAAAGAGCAGAUUCAGGCGUGGAUGAGAGAGAAACAGAACAGCGAUCACUAAACCGUCCCCACCGCCCACCCUCUGCUACACACAGCCAAGGCCAACGAGGCGAGCAGAAGCGGCGGCCGCGGCGAAGCUGCCGUUCACGUGUUGGAGGCCACGUGUGGCAAACCACCCCAGGCCCACCCAGAGCCAGCAAACGCUGAGACCUGAAAGGACAUGGAUGAGAAGAGGAGCCCGAUUCCUGUACAUAUAUUUAAGUGACAAACACGGUCAAAAGCUUAAGGGACAAGUUUCAUGGUUGCGUGUGUAAUAAAGCACGUCCUUCUUACGUCACAGUUUGGGGCAACGGAAAUCUUGUAGUGAUGGCUAAUGGGUCUGGGCAGCAUCCCUUCAUGAAUUCUUUUUUAAUCCAAUAUCCGUUGAUUUGAUUGUGAUUAGAGAACCUUGGACAUUUUGCUGCUAAAGAAUCUUUUCUCCCUUCUUCCCCCCUCCUGACCCUACUUGCACUGCUGUGGAUUUUUUUAAGAGAAGCAAAAACAAAAAUAAACUCCUUUCCCUGGCCCUCCAAACAUAUAUCCUGUGAGGUAACUGUGCCUGCUACCAAGUGUUAAUCCUGGGAUCGUAUUUUUAUAUCAUAUUCACAUAUUUGUUUUUUUAAUUGGUGUUAGAUGACAUGAUUAAUAAAAAAGGCAAGAUAUUUUCAGAAUUUGAAUUUCAGUUUUUUUUUCUUUUGAAACGUCCCUUUAAGAUUUUUUUAUUCUAAACAAAAUAAAGAAAAUCUUGCUGCUCUGGUCCUUAUAAUAAGCCCUCUCUUAGGAAUCUGAGGAGCAGUUGCAGCAAAAUCUAAGGGGUGUAAGUGUAUCAGGAUUUACGUGACAUACGGUAUUCUGGGGAGAUAAGGGUUGGGUUUUUUUUUUAAUGCUACAUGACAGUUCGAAACCUUUACAGUUAUCCUCUGGAGGUAAUUGAAUUCCUCAACCCUUGGGUGUGUGAGUUUGAGGCAGGGUCAUUUGUAUGAUGUGUUUGGCCUUACCAAAGCAAAAGAGGGUGCAGGGAUGUGGGAGUAUGUCUGCCAGUUUAAACACACACAGACAAACACAGCCACACGCGCACACAAGUAUGAGACUUUUUGUAUUACUGCUCCCUACUUAACAUACUUGAAUUCUUGAAUUUCCUUUGGGGUUAAAAAGGAUUUGAAACCAUAAAGUGUUUUGAAGAAAUUAAGUCUCUAAAAAAAACAUACUUUCUUUUUUCUUUUCCUUUUUCCCCCCUCCACAGACAAUGUCCUCUGUUCAAUUCCUAACGCAAACUACAAUAAAUGGUGAUACACAUUCAGAAGAAA